ACAAAUCUCUUAAUUAGAAAAGUAAAUUAUUUAGAAUGCAAUUGCUUGCAAAAAUAUUUCUGAUCUUGUUCAUAUUUAAAAACGUUAAGGGUGAAUUUGAAUUUUGUGACAAUGGAAAUAAAGAGUGCAAUGCUAAUGAUCUUAUGAUUUCUGAUAUCGAAAGCAAUGAUCUGAAUACGUUGGUUAAACAGGCAAUUCAAUAUUUUAAAGAUUUUAAUGAAAAGUACGACAAUAGAAUUAAUGGCAUUUCAACUGAUAUUGAUAAUAUCAAAAAGUCUUUACAAAUGGAUAGUCUACAACCAUCCGAUUGCCUUAAUUCUGUAGAAAAAUCUAGUACACAAGAUAUUGAAACAACAACUGAAAAACCACCAGGUUUAUAUGACAACCUCUGGGUGGUCAUACAAAGACGUCAGGAUGGUUCGGAAUCUUUCUUUGUUAAUUGGAAUUAUUAUAAAAGGGGCUUUGGCAAUCAAUUUCGAGAAUUUUUCAUUGGCUUAGAAAAGCUACAUUAUCUCACUGAUAGUGGUCCACACGAGUUGCUAAUUCAGUUGGCAGACUUCAACGGCAAUUUAAAAUAUGCUUUGUACGAUGAAUUCGUGGUUGGCAAUGAAAGUGAAAGAUAUCAAUUGAAAAAGUUGGGAAGCUAUAGUGGCAAUGCUGGUGACUAUAUGAGAAUUCAUGAGGGCAUGUAUUUCUCCACUAGGGACAGGGAUAAUGAUGCAAGUCCUAAUUUGCACUGUGCGAAAUUAUUUCAGGGCGGUUGGUGGUACAAUAACUGUUUGACAAGUCAUUUAAAUGGUCCCUUUCGUACGCGUUAUGUAAUCAGCAAUGUUGGAAUAACUUGGGGAAAAUACGAUGAAAUGCAAAUUAAAAUUGUUCAAAUGAUGAUACGUUCAAAGCGCUAAAUGAAAUUUAUAUGUAAAUGUGUAUCAAAGUUUGAUAAACAAAAUUUUAUUUGAAAAUGUUAUGUAUUUUAUUUAAUAUUUUUUUAAUAAAUUUAAAAAUUGCAUA